UUGAUCCUAAUGGCCUUCCACGCGGUGGUUUUGUAUCGGGAGCCAGGUCAUCGCCCGACCCUAAUGGCCUUCCACACAUCCCUUUGUCGGGUGGCCUUUCACACACUUCAGUUAGGACGACAAGGUCAGGAUUCUCAGGGAGUAGUAGCAUGGGUGACAUAAAUACCAACAUGGGCUUGACUGAUGCUAUAGCAGAUAUAGGGGUGGUACAGAAUGUUGGGAAUGGUAUUGCAUAUGGUUAUGAGAUGACAGGCAACAAUGAAGACCCUGCUAGUGAUUUUUUCUAUAAUGGGCCUGAGCAUGAAAAUGAGCCUGAGCAUGGGCAUGAGUCUGUGCAUGAGCCUGAAUCACCAAUGGUUCAGACGCCCCAUUAUUCGGGUACACAUGGUGGAUCAAAUGAUGCAGAUUCGAAUGGCUCUCAUAGGCCAUUUAUCACACGAAAGGGGUACAAGUUUGGGAGACAAAGUAUUCAUCGGGCGAUCGUAAAGAUAUUUUGGCAGUCUAUAAAUGAACCUUGGAUUACUUAUAAAAAAAUUCCGAAGGAAGUUGUCACUCAAAUGUUUGAGCGUUUUAGGACUCAAUACCGGUGGGAUCCAAAUGAAGAAGGGUUAAUUCGUGAAGGUUUUGAGAAUACACUGAAAGAUCGCUACAGGGGUAGAAUGAGGGAUGCUAGGGAAGCAUCGGUAAAUUCUGCAAGAAAAGCUGGCCACGUUAUCGCAGAGAUUAAUAAUAACUUUGAGAUUCUUGCAAAUUACAAUCCUCCUGAAAUACAUAUAGUGUUUGGCGACGUUUGUGCAGGGCAAGGAAUCUAAUACAUUAUUGCUUAUUUUGUUGUUUUU